GGCGAGCGGCGGCGCUCUCCUUUAACACUGAAAGGGGGGAGAAGUGCGCUUAAAAGCGAGCGUGUGAACCAAAACGUUACAGUUCAGCUUUAGACUGAACGAAAAAGACGAAGCUGACCUCUGCCACUUCUUCUAAGUUCCCCCCCGUUCCACCUUAAAUAGUGCAGCGACCACUUCCUCGCGCCUAAAUCUUAACUGCUGCACUAUUUAAGGUGGAACUGGGAAAUUCGGACAGGAAGCCAGCUUUAGCCUCGUAUGGAAGAAAAAAAAAGUCUUCACGAAGUUGUGCUAUUUGUGUCCGGGCGCUGGUCAGUCGUGCCUUCUUCGCACAUGCUCCUACUUACGUUCCUCUUUCUGCAUGAAAAGCGCACCCAACCGGAUGCGUGGUUUGGUUUUAACUCAACUGCAGAGAGAGAGAGAGAGAGACCCGGAAAAAGCCAUCCAUGUCAGAGCCAUCAUGCGCUAAACUCUCCUCCCUGCGUCAAAACGCUUCCUUCAGUCCUCUUCGCCAUGGUGAGCGCCUUCCACGCGUUGUGAGGAGCAGAAGUAGGACCUAAGACCCCCAGAAGCCAGGACAUCGUCGUUCUAGGACAUGCCUUAUCUGGACAGACAGAACCGCAUCUGUGGAUUCUUGGAUAUCGAGGAAAAUGAGAACAGUUCAAAGUUUUACAGGCGCUACUUCAUCUUGGACACCUUGCGCAACUCUCUCUUGUGGUACAUGGACAAUCCACAGAAUCUGCCAGAAGGAGCGGGCUUUGUUGGAAGUUUGCGGCUGAGUUAUAUUUCAAAGGUCAACGAAGUUUCGGUGAAGCAAAAACCCAAGACUGAAUUCUGCUUUGUGAUAAAUGCUUUGUCACGACGGUACUUCCUCCAAGCCAAUGAUGCCGUGGACUUAAAAGAGUGGGUCAUCGCCCUCAAUAAGGCCACCAAAAUCACAGUUCCCAAAAUAUCACCCGUUACUCAGAGCACAGAUGCUGCCACCAUAACAAGCCAAACUCAGUCAACCUCUCGACAGGCCUACAAAACCGAGAUCGUGGGAGGCGUGGUUGUGCACACACCGGUCCAACAGAAUGAAGCAGAUGAUGUCUUUACUAAUGACCCAAGCUCGCAUGUAACUCUGAGAAGGUGCCAGAGUUUACGUCCCAACACCGUGAGAUCGGGCUACUGCGUCAAACAAGGCAAUGUGAGAAAAAGCUGGAAGAGAAGAUUUUUCAUUUUAGAUGACCAGGCCGUGAGCUACUAUAAAAAUGAAACGGAUAAGGAGCCAUUACGCAGUAUUCGUCUGAGGGACAUAAAUAAAGUUCAUGAGUGCCUUGUAAAAUCAGGGGACCUGCUCUCACGUGACAACCUUUUUGAGAUCAUCACGAAUACAAGAACGUUCUACAUUCAGGCAGAUACACCUGAAGAAAUGAACGGCUGGAUUAAAGAUAUUGCAUCAAAAAUUCAAGACUUUAGAGGACCAUCAAAGAGUUACCGUUUCAGUGGGCCUGCUGUCUCAGGACAGGGAAAACCCCCUCUUGUAAAAUCCUGCUCCACCGCACAGUCAUGGCAACCCUGGACCCCGGUCCCGAAGCACGAGACGCAGUUGAUGGACGAAGGCCAGAGAGAGAGUGCGUUUUCCUCCCUGCCCUCUCUCUCACACACAGGCGAGAGCCUGCAGUCACAAGUACGCCAGAGGCACCACUCCCAGCCACAGCCAGCCAAGGACACAGACUAUCCCCUGGACCUACAUAUUCGUACCACUGAUGUCUAAAAGUUUCCUCUGCUGUUGCUGCUCUCCAGCGUAUUUGUUCUGCUACCUAAUUUUAACCAUUUAAUUGUGCUUUAUUUUCAAAUGAAGGGCUAGAGAUUGUGUACAGCCUGCAACCGCUUCUAGAAAUAAGAAAAAAAGUGUGAAGGAGAAAUGUGACGAAGGCUGCAUAGCUUUGAGCAACUGGGUCCAGCCGUUGUUCAGAUUAACUGAAUACUCUCAUUGAUGAGGCUGUACAGGUGAAUGAUUUUAUGAAAGGUGCUGGAAGUCGGACCCAUUUGUGUUAUAUGGUAGAAAAAAUAAUAAAAGCCCAGUAACUACGACUGGGGCCUGCUGCAAGGUUUUAUUUUAUAUAUGUGUGAAAUUGCAGUUUUGCAUACGACUGACCACGCAUUUGACUUUUCUCCAUGACUUAAAGGGGAAUGCCACCCAUUUUUCAGAAGUCAGUGAAAAGUUGAGGUGUAAACAACGUCGUUCAGAGUAGUUAGAUGUUAGAUAUGAAAUGGUACAUUGUAGAGAAAUGGUACUGAACCUACAGGUGUCUUCUGAGUUUAUGUAUGUAAUGCUGAUAAUAGUAAAGUAUUGAUAAAUCUAAACAUAUUUGUAGGCACUAUUUUGCCUUACAAUGCCCAGCAUCUGCCUGCAAAGUCUUAUCUCAAGACUACUGUUCAACAGUGUCUCAGGCAUGGCAUAACUGUUUUAUGUAACUGCUUUCUGUGAGUUAGCUUUUGGCAUUAAGCCAAACCCUGGACAUCUGGCUCUUACAACCACCACUGUGAACAAUUCCUAUUUGGUACGUUUUUCCAGAAUGACAUUCCGCACCAAACCACUCGGAGCGGCUUUGUUUACAUAUUAAUCGUUUAAUAGAAAUGUUGAAAAUAGGGUGGAAUUCCCUUCUAACCCUUAUGGCGUAUACUUGAAAGUAUUAUAUGGAUAGUACAAACUGUUGAACCCUGCUGAAAAAAACUCAUUGAAACCAUUAAGAGUUCCUGGUGGUGUCCAGUAGUCACCAAUGUGUUUUGUGUUUGCCUGAUCGGUUGAUAUGACAGUAUAGAUGAUCCUAAUAGUUACCUAAAAGAGGUGUUCUAGGAUUGAGACCAGACCUAAAGGUCUAUCAUGGUACCCAUUAAGCCAAUUCCCAUUGGAAAGCAAAACCAGGUUUGAACCCUGAUGGUUGUCAUUGUGUUUUUUUCAGCAGGGAAGUGUGUUUAUGGUUUACUGUACUUUUAAAUGUGCAUAAUUGUUGCUGCGGCUAAAUGUUUUAAAUAAAAUAUGACUUGGCGAA